GAGAGGCACGGGCGACACACCGCCCGCGGCCUUGCACAUUUUUUUCCGUAAACAAGUUUUCACAAGUGCCGGCACACCUGUUAACACUGGUAUGAAACCAGAACGCAAUGAGGAAGUACCAGAGUAAACCACCGUGAAUCCUGCGAAAGCCCAGCAGAACAUUUUUAGAAGUCUUUCUUAGGGAACAAACGUACAAGAAGAUCAUGGGCACAAAGUUCGUUUUCGUGCUAUGUACUCUACAGAUUUGGGCAACGAUCUUCACAUCGGCAAGGCCAGCACCAAGAAGUGUCAAUGACGUCACCUUCCCAUCAACUCCCCAUCACGUGACAGGCAAUCACCUACCAAUCAACGGCGUCCAAACGGCCGGAGUGCCAGGUAAAGGAACCUCAACGCCAUUGGCCACAACUCCGCCCAAUCACAAGUCAACUUACAAGACUGUUCCCACCAUACCUACUACAUCCGUUUCCGGUUUCAGCAAUUCGGUUGGGCGUUCCACUAAACUCUACACGACAUUAGAAAGAUUUACUUUGCCGAUUUCAAAUGUAACGGCCAAGGUGACCGCCAUGACACCACGGAUUACGUCACCAAAGGGCAACUGCAGCAAUGCAACAGAAUGCAGACAAGAUCAAAACAAAGGUCCGUCUAACUACUCUACAGUGCUUGCAGUUACUGCCAUAACGUCGAUUAUCAUGGGAAUAGUGUUAGGUACGGGUGCCUGGCAUCUCCGGCAGAGACUCUUACUCUCCAGGGCAAGGAAACGCAUGGAGGAACGGAGAAGCCAGAUAGUCUACAACAGCAACCCUGCCUACCACCAGAGCUGCUUAGCAAGUAACGACAAACUGUACUCCACUAUACUCAAUCUUAAUGACUACUCGCCACGUCCGGUUUCCAAACUUUCAAACGGAAACGGCCAGAAAGAUGACGGAAAGAAAGUCACUACGACAAGUUUCACAAGUCCUCAGUGCGACGUUACGACGAAGGGCGACAAACGUACCAACGCGAAAGAACGUUUUGGAAAUCCACUGAACGUUUUGAAGCUGUACUAAUAAGGCAGGAGAAACAGCAGUCAAACUAGAAAAGUAACAGUUGCAAGGCAAAUGCAUAAUGUUUACCUUCGCACAUGGUCUGGUCUGUUAAUUCUUACUC